CACGACCUGCCACUUCAUCGCCAUCACACCCACUUGCUGCAAGUGAUCUGACAUCCAGACGCACCUACAGGACCCCCGAGAAGCCCUUCUACUCACUGGCCCAGGCAUGACCCUCUCCCUGCGAAGAUGACCAGGCUCCGCGGAGCUUCCGUGAGCUCCUACGAAGCUACUCGUGGUAGCGGCGGCGUCGACAGACCGCAGUUCCACCGCUCCAAGUUGCCCCCAAACGCGCCGGAGAUCAUCGCCCAGAACACAGUCGACGUGUCCGAUCCGACGCAGGUUCUCCUCUGGUGUCGGGACGAGCGUCGUCGCCAGUUUAACCUGCUGGUCCGCAGAUACAAAAUUCAAAUCCUCUACGGCUGUCAGAACCCCGGGUGUUCGACUCCCACCUGCGCCAGCUACCGGAAGAGGGUCACCGAGGGCCCCUAUCGCCGUUACACCGAGCUGAGCGCCCGCACCUUGGCCUGCUACCUCGCGAGCGUGGAUAAUGCAGAAAGCGGCCUCUGUCGAAAUGCUCCCCGCGUGACAUCCGAACUUGCUCCGCACGAGAACCAGCGACGACCGAAGCGACGGCCCCGCUCUCAUCCUGCGUACGAGUCGAAAGAACCCGGCCGCAUCGCCGGGGAAGGUGGAACGGAGACGCAGGCGGUCCCGGACCCGAAUUCCGGAUUGGUGCGGUUUGAGGGCCGUACUGGAGAAUGCCAGUCUGCGGAGUCUGCACUGGAUAAAAGUGGCCAAGGCGUGCCGGAGGAUGAUGGCCGCCCGGCGCAGCGGCUGAAGGAUCCCAAGUCAUUUACGCAGAAUCUGUUCGAUACGUUGUCGUUGAGGAUGAUCGAGUGGUUGCCGCUGCGGCGGUCGCCGAGUGCACUCGACGAAGAUCCCAUGUUGGCGAAGAUUGCGUAUAGCACUCGACCACAGGUGCAGGGAGAGAAAGCCCGCAGCCACUACCCCGACCAUCGGACCGACACACGGCCCAAGCCAGACCGGGCAGUUCCAAGUCGUCCCGCUGGGAGCAACCCCCAUACGCCGUCUUCGCGUCACGGAGCCCAGACGGCCGCUGUGGAGCUCAAGUUGCCGAACCAGCAGAUCAAGCGACUGUCGGUCACGGAGGUGGACCAGUGGCGUCUGGCGCCACGGUCCAAUAUGGAGGAGAAAUCCAGCGCGGAGCUCAAGCCAGCCCGGAAGCUGUCCGUCAACACGCGCACCAACGACGACUUGGUCAAUAUAUCAUCGCCGCCAGCUCUGAAGCAUCGCCCACAGAAGCACCGCGGGCGGGCGGGCGACCUGAACGCCACCCCCGUGCCAGACCAGCGGAAGAAAGAGAGACGCGUGUCAUGGGACGGGGCUAAGACCUUGAACGAGGUCCCAGUACCCGAUACCGAGACAACCCCUUCAGGGAGGAGUGAGCAGAUGACGGAUCUCAAAUCGCCCAAGGAACGAAAACCUAGACGAAAGGGCUCACGCCGGCGGCGCAAUGACCCUGGUAUCCAGUCGGUCACACACCUUACCGCGGACAUUGUUGACGGACUCGCGGCGAUGAUGAUUCUAUCCGAGGAGGAGGCGCAGAGCUGGCGAGAAGAGUUGGCGUACCUUGAGUCGACGGGCGGGUUUGAAGACUCGGAAUGGCGAUUUGCCACCCCUCGCCAACGCCAGGUAUUCACCUUUGUCGGCCAAAGCGUGUUUUAUGCGCUGGGUAGCACUAAGCAAAUCCUUCGUUCGUUUCGCGACAACGCGUCGGCUACGUCGACAUUGAACCUCCAUCACAUUCAGCCGUCACUGCGGAAGCUCUUCACCCUGUGCCCGAAGGACCUCAUCUUCCAUAGCCUGUGGAGCGCAGUGGAAGCCCUAUUCAUUCCGCCCAAAGAGCUUUCGACGCCAAGCAAAGCUUCGCGCCGAUCGUCGUGCAACUCGUCUUCCGGAGCUCCUCCGGCCCCUAUUAUCCGUCGCGCGUCCGACUCGGGUGGAAACGCGUAUGUCUCCGACGACCGAGCCGCGGACGUCGCGACGGUGGCUCUGUUGGCGCUGGCCGGCUCGUUGCCAGAGGUCGACGCACCGACGUGGCGUGGCAUUUUGCACAUGCGGGCGACAGGGACUGUGGCGUCCCAGGCGAAGAUUCAGAAACUCCCGCUUGACAACAAGCGAGUAAUUAUGGACACCACGGACAUGCUCGAGCAUGAACUUGCUCUGCGGCUGGUGAACCGGCUGGUUCGUGCACUGACCGCGCGGUCCGCGUUCCACGAGAUCUUCAAGGCCCGCCAGGCAUACUCUCACCACGUACCCCACCCGCGCAAGAACGGCGUGCUGGACCGCCUGAUUGAUAACCUCAGUGUGCAUCGCGAUCUUCAACACGCCGGGAUACCUGCCCACGACUCCGAACCCAAGCCCCCCGGUGCGCCCGCCGUCAUCGCCGAGUGGCUACGGACUCUUCUGCUCCGCGAAUGGGACGGGAACCCAGAGAUGUCGAAAGGGAGUGCCGCGGGAGGUGCCGUGCAGAUCCUGUCUGUGCUGUACAAAGAACGAAGCCGCCUCGGUCUCAUCCCCGAGGAUUUCCACACGCCGUUCCUCUCUGAGAGGCUGGAACCGCUCGAGAUGCCGGUAGACUGGAUGGGUAGUCUGUCCGACAACCGGAAGAUGCACCUACUAUCAUACUCCUUUCUCUUCCCACCGUCCGCGCUGGUCAUUUACUUCCGCGCGCUGAACUACGCCGCCAUGUCGCGGUACUACGAAGCGGCGAUGACCACGACGCGACACGUCACGCAAACCGCCUUCGGGGCGAUCCGGAUCCAAGACGACGUGAACCUCCUGGCGCACAUGCGGACGUCCAUGACGACGUACCUGGUUCUCGUCGUGCGGCGCGACAACGUGCUCACCGACGCCCUGAACCAAGUCUGGCGGCGCGAGCGACGCGAGCUAAUGCGGCCGCUGAAAGUGCAGAUGGGAAUGGAAGAGGGCGAAGAAGGGCUGGACCACGGCGGCGUGCAGCAGGAGUUCUUCCGGGUUCUGAUGGCCGAAGCACUGGACCCAGCCUACGGGAUGUUCACGCUAGACAGCCGCACGCGCGUGUCGUGGAUUCAGCCGGGGUCGCUGGAGCCGCUGUAUAAAUUCGAGCUGCUGGGACUGUUGAUGUCGCUGGCGGUGUACAACGGGUUGACGCUGCCGGUGAACUUUCCGACGGCGUUCUACCGCAAGCUGCUCGGCCAUAAGGUGAAGCAGCUUGACCAGAUCCGCGACGGGUGGCCCGAGCUCACCAAGGGCUUGGAGGGACUGCUUAGCUGGGAAGACGGCGACGUAGGGGACGUGUUCAUGCGAACCUACGAGUUUAGUUUCGAGGCGUUUGGCAGUAUCCAGACGAUCGACAUGCAUCGAGUCGACCGUGACGCGCCAUGGCCGGUCGACCCAUCGCCGUUGGACGUCCGGCGAUCAUCCACCUCCACCUCCGCCGACGCAACAGACUCACAAGUCGACAUCGCCAAGUCCCUCGACGGAUCCGUCCCAGUCCAGUCCUCGACCCCACCCUCCGAAGAAGCCCCCCUAGUAACAAACGCCAACCGCACGCAGUUCGUCCAAGACUACAUCUUCUGGCUAACGGACAAGUCCAUCCGGGGCCAAUUCGAAGCCUUCGCACAAGGGUUCUACACGUGUCUCGACCGAACAGCCCUGUCGAUAUUCACACCCGAGGCACUCAAAACCGUCGUCGAGGGCAUCCAAGAGAUCGACAUCGGCGAGCUAGAGCGCCACGCGCGGUACGAAGGCGGGUUCGGGCCGCACCACCGGGUGGUGCGCGACUUCUGGGCCGUCGCGCGACGUUUCCCGCCGACAAAGAAAGCGCAGCUGCUGGAGUUCGUUACGGCUAGUGACCGGGUGCCGGUUAAUGGGAUUGCGAGCAUUAUGUUUGUGAUUCAGAAGAAUGGGGUUGGAGAUGCUCGCCUCCCCACGAGUCUAACGUGUUUUGGCCGGCUUCUGCUGCCGGAGUAUUCGUCGAGGACCGUAUUGGAGGAAAAGUUGAGUAAGGCGUUGGAAAAUGCACGGGGAUUCGGCGUGGCUUGAUUAUACCCUGUAUAUUACAAUUAUUACAUUUACAUAUUUCUUUAUU